AUGGCGGAUUUGUUCUUACCACGAUCCAAAACUUGGAAUAAAGCCUUGAUCAGAGAGAUUUUACCAGGUUAUGAAAAGGAGAUUCUAAGUAUUAUACCUGGAACAUUCGACUCAGAAGAUCGGCUAAUGUGGCUACCUAAUGUCACGGGAGAGUACUCAGUGAGAACAUACUACACAGCUAGAGCUCUUGCAGGCGCUUUACCAGUUGGAGAAAAUCUAGCAGCAAGAGGUCUUCUAGUACAAUCACGAUGCAUACAUUGUGGGGAAGCCGAGACCACGAUCCAUCUUCUUUUCCACUGCCGGUUUGCUAAAUCCGUGUGGAGGUGGGCCCCUUUCAGGGAUCACUUUAAGCCAAACCUAGUCACCAGCAUUAAGGAUGGGAUCUCCAAGCUGAAAGUACUCAUCAGUCUACCACCAAUUGGAAUCAAGGCCGGAUCCCUGGCUCCGUGGAUUCUUUGGAGCAUCUGGUUAAGCAGGAACAACAAGAUCUUCAACAACAAAAGUAACUGUGCUUUUGAAACAAUGAAUCUGGCAGUGAUUCGAGCAAGAGAAUGGAUUGAAGCACAAGGAUACUCACCAAAGAUGAAGAAGUCAGGUUUUCGACCCUCAAGGCAAUUUUUACCAUUGGAUUGUGUUUGA